AUGGUUCAAUCCAAGGGGCCUCCCUGGAGCCCUGUCCACCAUUCUCACCAGGGUAGAACCCUCCUUGCUGAUGAUCUCUUUGCCGCCUACUUUGGACCUGGGUCUCCUUCCCGGCGGUUCCGAGCAGCCUUAGGCGAGGUGUCUCGUGCCAAUGCAGCCCAGGACUUUCUGCCGACUUCCAAGAACAACCCUGACCUGCACUUUGAUGCCGAGCGACUGGGCCAGGGACGCACACAACUGGUGGGAGCUCUGCGGGAAACUCUGGUGGCAGCCAGAGCCCUUGACCACACUCUGGCCCGCCAGCGCCUUGGGGCUGCACUUCAUGCCCUGCAGGAUUUCUACAGUCACAGCAACUGGGUGGAACUGGGUGAGCAGCGGCCACACCCUCACCUCCUCUGGCCAAGGCAGGAGCUCCAGAACCUGGCACAAGUGGACGAUCCUACCUGCUCUGAUUGCGAGGAGUUGAGCUGCCCUGGGAAUUGGCUGGGCUUUACACGCCUUACCUCCGGCUACUUUGGAACUCAUCCCCCCAAGCCUCCAGGGAAGUGUAGCCAUGGGGGCCAUUUCGACCAGAGCAGUUCCCAGCCACCCCGGGGAGGCAUCAACAAGGAUAGCACGUCCCCAGGCUUCUCCCCCCACCACAUGCUGCACCUCCAGGCUGCAAAACUGGCCCUUUCAGCCUCCAUCCAGGCCUUUGGCCUCCUGCGAAGCCGCCUGGGAGACAGGGGCUUCUCCAGGCUGCUGGACAUCACCCCUGCCUCCAGCCUGAGCUUUGUCCUGGACACCACGGGCAGCAUGGGUGAGGAGAUCAAUGCUGCCAAAAUCCAGGCACGCCACAUUGUGGAGCAGAGACGGGGCAGCCCCAUGGAACCCGUCCACUACGUCCUGGUGCCUUUCCAUGACCCAGGGUUCGGCCCUGUUUUUACAACCAGUGAUCCCGACAGCUUCUGGCAACAACUCAAUGAGAUCCACGCGGUGGGGGGUGGAGAUGAGCCUGAGAUGUGCCUGUCAGCGCUGCAGCUGGCCCUGUUGCACACGCCUCCCCUCUCAGACAUCUUUGUCUUCACGGACGCCUCCCCCAAGGAUGCCUUUCUCACCAACCAGGUGGAAUCCCUGGCUCAGGAGCGGCGCUGCCGGGUAACAUUCCUGGUGACUGAAGACCCAUCGAGGGUUCAGGGCCGAGCUCGGCGUGAGGUCUUGUCCCCUCUGCGUUUUGAACCAUACAAAGCAGUGGCGCUAGCCUCAGGAGGAGAGGUGAUCUUCACCAAAGACCAGCACAUUCGGGAUGUGGCAGCCAUUGUUGGGGAUAGCAUGGAUGCCCUGGUAACUCUUCCCCUGGACCCUCCAGUUGUGGUUCCGGGGAGGCCACUUGUGUUCAAUGUGGAUGGGCUGCUCCAGAAGGUUACAGUCCGGAUCCACGGGGAGAUUGGCAGCUUCUGGAUCAAGAAUCCUGCAGGGGUCUCCCAGGGCCAGGAAGAAGGCAUGGGUCCUCUAGGUCACACUCGCCGCUUUGGGCAAUUCUGGAUGGUGACCAUGAAUGACCCCCCACAGACAGGAACCUGGGAGAUCCAGGUCACAGCUGAGGGAAGCCCCCUGGUGAGAGUGCAAGCCCAGACCUCCCUGGAUUUCCUCUUCCACUUUGGGAUCCCCAUGGAGGAUGGACCUCAUCCUGGCCUCUACCCUCUGACACAGCCAGUUGCAGGUCUUCAGACCCAACUGCUGGUGGAAGUGACAGGGCUGAGUUCCAGAGGCAACCCUGGGAAUCUUCGGCCGCAUUUCUCCCACGCCGUCCUGCGAGGAGUCCCGGAGGGCGCCGAACUGGGCCGAGUGCCCUUGGAGCCCGUAGGAUCCCCGGAGCGGGGUCUCCUCGCGGCCUCGCUGCCGCCCACGCUGCUGUCCACCCCCGGACCCGUCUCUCUGGAGCUGACUGGCGAGGAUGGAGGGGGCCGGAGUCUGCGCAGGGCUGCCCCUCAGCCUAGCACUGUGGUCCCCGUCCUUUUGGAGCUCAGUGGCCCCCCGGGUUUCUUGGCCCCGGGCAGCAAGGUCCCUCUCAGCCUCCGCAUCGCCAGCUUCUCGAGCCCUCAGGAUGUUGACCUUAGGACGUCCGUCAACCCCAGCUUCGUCCUCACUUCCAACCUCUCCAGGGCUCGCCUGGGACUCAAUGAAUCCGCCUGGGGCCGCCUGUGGCUAGAGGUCCCAGACUCAGCGUCCCCGGACUCCGUGGUGAUGGUGACUGUGACUGUGGUGGGGCGAAAAGCCCGCCCGGUGUCCCCAACGCAUGCUUUCCUCCGGCUCCUGGUGCUGGCCCCGUCUCCCCAGGACCAGGUCGCUGCCCCUACCCCCUCGUCGGGCCCUGUCUUCACCACAGCCACCUCGGUCUUUUGCCCUUUCACUUUGGUGACUCAAGGCAGAGCUGGGGGAGGGACGGCAGGCAGCUUCUGGUGGGGCACAGUUGGGGGGGUGCUGCUCCUGCUCGGCCUGGCCUCCUGGUGACACCACAGCCUCUAGAGGGAUGGGUAUCCAGCGCUAUUUUCAAUCGGCUCCAUUGGUAAGAAGGUCACAUAGACUGGGCACCGUGGCCCGCGCCUGUAAUCCCAGCACCUUGGGAGGCCAAGGCGAGAGGAUUGCCUGAGUUCAGGAGUUCAAGA